AUGUCUUCCUCCGCUUUCUUCGUUAUCGAGUACGGCAAGCCCGGUGCCACCACCCAGGGCCGUGUUGACUUCAAGCUCUACGACGACGUUGUUCCCAAGACCGCCAAGAACUUCGCUGAGCUCUGCAAGAAGCCUGUCGGUGAGGGCUACAAGGGCUCUGCCUUCCACCGUGUCAUCCCCCAGUUCAUGCUCCAGGGUGGUGACUUCACCCGCGGCAACGGUACCGGUGGCCGCUCCAUCUACGGCGAGAAGUUCGCCGAUGAGAACUUCAACAAGACCCACACCAAGCCCGGUCUGCUCUCCAUGGCCAACGCUGGCCCCAACACCAACGGCUCCCAGUUCUUCAUCACCACCGUGAAGACCAGCUGGUUGGAUGGCAAGCACGUCGUCUUCGGCGAGGUCACCUCCGGCUACGAACACGUUCAGGCCAUUGAGAAGCUCGGCUCUGGAUCCGGUGCCGUCAACGGCAGUGCCAAGAUCGUCGACUGUGGCUCCGCUUAA